AUGGCACCGCCUAAUACAGUUUCACAGUUUUUCUUAUCCUUCCAGGCCACCAUGGCAGAGCUUCAGGAGUAUAUUUCCUCCCUGAAGGUAAGCUUUUUUUUCUUACAGACUCAUUCUGUGGAGACGCCUUAUGGCUCCGUCACUUUUACCGUGUAUGGCACCCCCAAACCCAAACGUCCAGCGAUAUUCACCUACCAUGAUGUAGGACUCAACUAUAAAUCUUGCUUCCAGCCACUGUUUCAGUUCGGGGAUAUGCAAGAGAUCAUACAGAACUUCGUGCGGGUCCAUGUGGAUGCCCCUGGAAUGGAAGAGGGGGCACCUGUGUUUCCUCUGGGGUACCAGUACCCAUCUCUGGACCAGCUUGCAGACAUGAUUCCUUGCAUCCUGCAGUACUUAAAGUGAGAGUCCUUCAAAUUUUCUUUUCAGCACAAAGAAGGCCCUAGAGUGUGGUCACCAUGGUUUCUGGGC